UUAAAAGAUGGAAGAUUUUAUACAUAUGAAAGAUAAAUUUACAUCAUUGCAAAACUGUGAGAAGAAUACUUUAGUUAAGAAAAAUCAUUCUAGUUAUGGAAACACACCUUCAUUUUUCUUCUUUCUACAAAACGCGUCCGCUGACUCUAUUAACGUAUCUUGUGAGGAUUGUAUGAUAAAUGUGGAUAAGCAUGAACUUCAAAGGAUUGAGAAAUCCUUUGAUGAACCUAACUUUAUUGAGGAUAAUAUCUCACUGAAUGACAAGGUUGACAAAUCAUGUGGGAAAUUAAGCGAUUUUCAAAUCACAUUUAUCGACGAAAAUAAUGUAUUUUUAUCGUGCGGUGAUAUCGUAAAUAAAGAUGUUAUCAACUCUCUUGAAACAAAAACAACUAAAGAUCACCGUGUUCACAGUAUAUCUUCAGUAUUGGAGUCGUUAAAAACUGUCAACGAUAAUGGUUUUAAUGAUUUUGUUGUGGAAGAUUGCUCGAGGAAUGUUGAAUUGGAUUUUGAAGAUGAUUUGUUUGCCUUAACACCAAACCAAACUGAAAAGAAUUUUGAUCAAUACUUGGAACAUGUUGAUCACAGAUCUGUGUGUAGUGAAUCUAAAAGUGAAAAUCUUAUUGAUUCACCUUCGGAAUCUUUGUGUUUGACCGAUGAAAAACAUCCUUUGUACAGUCAUUAUAGUGAUGGGUGCUCUAGUGGAAGUUCUAUGGUGUUAAGGCUUCCACCAGAUGAGGAAAGCUUUAAAUGGAAUCUUGAUGAGUCAUUUGACGGUCACCAGUCCUCUGGUACGAGUAAUAACCUCGAAAGUCCUGAUAGUAAUACAGUUCCUGUUGUUACCGAGGUCAGUGACUUAAAUUUAGAAAGGACUGGAGAAUGUUUUAGUAAGAAUAAUGUAAUAAAGGGUGAAGAAGUUGUUUGUGAUGUUUCAAACAUGGAAAUAUCGUGUGAUUUACACAAGAAAGAACAUAUUAAAGGCGCUUUUGUGGAUAAUGAUGUUUCUUAUGAAAUAUCUGUGGACAAUAAUGAUUGUGACCAAGUAUCUGUGGAUAAUGAUGGUUUUGAUCAGGUGUCUGUGAAUAAUGAUGGUUGUAAUGAAGUAUCUGUGGAUAAUGAUGUUCAUAAUCAAGUAUAUGCGGAUAAUGAUGGUUGUAAUCAGGUAGCUGUGGAUAAUGAUGGUUGUCGUCAAGUAUUUGAGGAUAGUGAUGGUUAUAAUCAACUAUAUGUUAAUAAAGAUAGUUCUUACCAAGUAUAUAAAGACCAAAAAGAACCCCAUUCAAAAAUCAAAAAGAUCAACUUAUCCCAGGCAGAAGGUAGUUAUGAAUUGAAGAUUUGGAAACCAACAAGGAUGCCUCCUUCACCAAAUUAUGUUAAAGAAACACGUCAUAUCUACAAUCUACCUCAUGUUCGUCAUCAAAAAGCGUUUUGUAGUGAUUCCAAUGAUUUACCGUUGACAACGAAGGUUGUCGGUGGACGGCGUCUUCAUUUGUCUUCAUUAUCGGUAAAAGAGCUUCCUGAAUUUAAUCUUGGCGGGAACUUCAGGACUUUGAGGGAACUCCAAGACCAAUAUGUAUCCAAGAUGGACAACGGUUUACUCAUGGACUGUCUAGCUUCAGAGAGUAAAAUUAGUAAUUUUCCUCAAUAUAAGGAUAUACCUGGAAAACUAAAGAUUGUCUUAAUGGGAGAUCGUGACGUGAUAAUCACUCCAGUUAAACUACCGCCAACGAGGAAAGAUGUCGAGAAAUGGAUGUUGACAAAAAGGCCUGAAAAUGAACGUUUGAAUACCUCUGAUAUUGUUUCAGAGGAUUGCGAAAUUCCAAAAAAUGCGAAUUUUGUUAAUGGAGAGACGUUUGUGACAGAACAUAGACUGCUUGAAAAUAGUGGCGGUCAAAGUUUACAAGAAAAUGAGGAAAGUCAAGGAAAUUCUGGGAACAUUCUAUCGUGUCACGUGAUUGGUCCAAAACACAGUACACCUGUAGUUGAUUGUGAAAAUAAAAGUCAUAAAGUAUGGCAUUGUACUCCUAUAGAUCAUAUUAAAGAUAAGAAUAAUGAAGAAUCCCGCAAGGAAAAAGAUUUAAAACUACAAAACCUAAGGAGAAAUUUACUCAAGAAUCACGAAAAGGACUAUCCAUUACCUGGCGCACAACAACAAACAUCUCUCAGUGAAGGAUCUUAUAUUGAAGGACCUACACCAACAAAUAGUUUUGGAUUUCAAAUUUCUCAACCGAAUAUUCAAGAUGCCAAGUCCCUUCGCCAGGUUCAAUUUCUAACUUUGCUGAGUGUAGAACUUCAUGUAAGAACAAGGAGAAGUUUACGUCCCGACCCAGAGUUUGACGUUAUUUGUGCAAUAUUUUAUCAUAUUGAAAACGAGACAAAAGAUGGGAAGAAAUAUGAAACUGGAGUGAUAGUAACUCUACGAGAGAUGACGAAAAUUAGAAAUACUAAUGAUGACGUAUGUCAGUCUACAAGUGCCACAGACACGACAAAAACAUCCCAUGUAAAAGGAAACUUACAGCGUCAUUUUUGUAAUUCAAAAAAUCUUGAGGUUGUAACAGUGGAAGAAGAAACUGAUGUUAUCAAUUAUUUGGUUAAAAUUGUCCAUGAAAAAGAUCCUGACAUCUUGCUGGGCUUUGAAGUUCAAAUGUUGUCUUGGGGAUAUCUUAUACAACGCGCUACGACUCUUGGGAUUGAUAUAGCGUCACAAUUAUCUCGAGUGCAGGAUACUUCCGGUACGGCGCGGUUUGAUGCGGAAAUUGACAAGUGGGGAGCUAAUCAUACGUCAGAGAUUACAAUUACGGGAAGAAUUAUUUUAAAUGUUUGGCGACUUAUGAAACACGAGGUGACUUUGAAUGUCUACUCGUUUGAGAAUGUAUCAUACCACGUACUGCACGAAAGAGUACCGCUGUACAGUUAUCGUCAGCUCACACAAUGGUGGGAUAAGAAACUACCUCAUGAUCGUUGGAGAACUGUGGAGCACUACGUCAUUCGUUGUCAAGGCAACAUCAGGAUUUUGAAUCAGCUCGACUUCGUUAACAGGACAAGUGAGUUCGCAAGGCUUUAUGGGAUACUCUUUUACAGUGUCAUAUCACGUGGUUCACAGUUUCGUGUUGAGUCGAUGAUGUUUCGUCUAACAAAACCAAUGAAUUAUAUUUCUGUUUCACCAAGUAUACAGCAGAGAGCUAGAAUGGAUGCACCAGAAUGUAUCCCUUUGGUCAUGGAGCCCGAAUCUCGUUUCUAUGUUGAUCCCGUUCUUGUGUUGGAUUUUCAAUCUCUUUAUCCCUCUAUGAUCAUAGCCUAUAACUAUUGUUAUUCCACUUAUCUUGGAAAGCUUGCCAGAUUAAAUAAAAUUGGUCAUUUUGAGUUUGGUUGUACAUCGUUGAAUGUUCCUCCAACAUUACUGGAGAAACUGCAAGAUGAUAUUCAUGUAAGCGCCAACGUCUGUUUUGUAAAAUCUAACAUAAGACGAGGAAUUUUACCCAGAAUGUUAGAGGAGAUAUUAGACACACGUAUUAUGGUAAAGAAAGCUAUGAAAGAUUGUAAAGAUGAUAAAACUCUUCUUCAACUUCUUGAUGCUCGACAACUUGCUUUAAAGUUGAUUGCAAAUGUCACUUAUGGUUACACAUCCGCAAACUUCUCAGGACGAAUGCCUUGUGUUGAGAUUGCUGACGCCAUUGUUCGUAAAGCACGCGAGACUCUGGAACGAGCUAUCAAUCUCGUGAACACAAGGGAUGACUGGGGGGUCGUGUAUGGGGACACCGAUAGUCUUUUCGUAUUAGUAAAAGGUGCUAGUAAAGAGGAAGCGUUUAAGAUUGGAAAAGAAGUUGUUGAUGCUGUUACUGCAAAGAAUCCUAAACCUGUGAAACUAAAGUUUGAAAAGGCAUAUAUGCCUUGUGUUCUUCAAACAAAGAAACGUUACGUUGGUUAUAUGUACGAAACAUUAGAACAGAAAGAUCCAAUGUUUGAUGCGAAAGGAAUAGAGACUGUCCGGCGAGAUACAUGUCCAGCGGUCGCUAAGAUUUUAGAGAAGUCUUUAAGGAUUUUAUUUGAAGAAAGAGACGUGAGUCUUGUGAAGAAGUUUGUCCAGCGGCAGUUCGUUAAAAUGAUGAAAGAUAGAGUAUCGAUUCAGGAUUUCAUCUUUGCUAAGGAAUAUCGUGGUAUGAAAAGAUAUAAACCAAAAGCAUGUGUUCCAGCUUUGGAAAUUGCAAGACGUCAUUUGUCACGUGAUCGUCGCGCGGAACCUCGCGUGGGAGAACGUGUACCCUACGUCAUUGUUAACGGCAGUCCUGGACUACCAUUGAUUCAAUUGGUUAAAGAUCCUAUUGAUGUGUUAAAUGAUAAAAAUCUACGUAUUAAUACCAUGUACUAUGUUCAGAAACAAAUACUUCCUCCAUUGGAUCGAGUUUUUUCCUUGAUUGGAGUUGAUGUGUUUUCAUGGUAUACACAACUACCCCGCUAUAUCCCUCGACAUCGUAAACAAAAACGUUCGAUUUCUCGGUUUUUUACAACUCUACACUGUCCUGUAUGUGAACAAUUAACACAGCACGGUUUGUGUCAAAGUUGUCGUAGCAACCCUCAAAAAUCUGUCUUUAUUCUGGCAAGUAGAGUGGGGAACUGGGAAAGAAAAUACAGUCAUCUUAAAGAGAUAUGUUUUCAGUGUUGUGGAGCUAGAGAUGAACAACUGAGCUGUACAUCACUGGAUUGUCCUGUUAUGUUUAAACUAGAGAAGUUAAAACAAAUAUGGAAUAUGGAAUGACAUUAAGAGACUUUCAAAAACAAUUGAAGAAAGUUAUGGUCAGUCAGAGACGUGAACAUUUUUCUGUUAAUGCGAUCGAGAAACAUAGAAUAAAUGUUUGUGGUUUUAAUUCACCAUGAUGGAGGACUUAUAUAAAUAAAGAAAUUGAUUAUUGACCACGAUGAAAACGUAUUUGGCUUUUGUUCACCAUUCCCUUGAGGCUGAGCUAUUUACGAAUUGAUAUUCUACUUCGUCUGAACUGCUUUAUAACUGAGGAAAUAUUAAGAUGAUCACGAUUCUUGUCUCGACAAUUGAUCGAAAGACAAGUCACUUUUAACCAACGAUUUAUGAUGAAAGGAAUGGAUUUGUGGCUCCAUUUCAAGGAACAAGAUGCUUUGUUAGCCCUGGUGUUUGGGUAUGUUUUCUUUCUCCUUUAGCUGACCAGCAACAGUUGUAUUUUCAAUUUCUGUAGGCAAAGGUUUAAAUGGAGUGUUUGUUUGGUUCUUUUUUGUUGUUUAAUAAGAAAAAUGUUAACAUGUACAUUAUUUACAUGUAAAAUUGAUAGUGCUUAGUAAGUUUUCUAAAAAGUCUAAACAUUGGCUUUGCUGUGUAAAUAUACAAAUUUCUGCUCACUGUGAUAAAUGGUAAAUUAUUAUUUGUAUUUAAAAGAG